CAUGUAUCAUGCAAUACGUAUGUUAUCCAUCCCUAAUUACAGACUCGUUCUCUGCAUCGUGGCCACCAGCUUGUGGAUAACUUCACUUGCACAGAAGCGUCAUGUGCAUGUGCAAGUAUCGUCAUGGUUGGGUCGUAAUGACGAGUAUUAUUUUUUGCCUUUUCAUGGCUUUCGUUCGGCCCCCCUUGGUUCCUCGCCCUCGGCUGGCCACCGCCCCCACAGCUCGGCGUGUCGUUGGCUUCGUCUCUCAUGCAUGGCGCAGAGACCUACAUCUCCGGAACACGCAGAAACAUGAAAUACAUGGGGUUUCCAACGAGCGGUGUAGGUCCAGGGCGGAGGUGUUGAUUGCCACUAUCCGCCCUGUUUGCGAGUCCGAUGUUGCGCAGGCUAUACGGAGACCAAUUGCCGGCAUCACAGCCGUCCACUCCGGCACGUACAUGCACUCAGAUCUGCAGGGGAUCGGAUCCCCGAUGCAGUCUUGCUCCAAGCGGGAUUUUGGAUAUAUCCCCGAGGGACAUAGGUGCGUGCAAGGGCUUAUCAAGGGCACUCAAAUGGGGCACUUCCGUGUCAGCUCAGGUCUUGUGAUGGUCAAGAGUCUCACACAGGAUCGACGCCUCUAUGCAGCUUUGGUCUCAUAUUUAUUCCUGCCAUAGUCUAGGAGCGCCCAAUAGCAACAGGACAAGUACGGGGCUAUGGAAUGCGAAUUUGAAAUGUAUGUUAGAGUAGAUUCACAAGGGUGUUAUUCGCUGUCCUGGC